AGAUCUACCUUGAUAGGAACUUAAACGUUUAAUCAGGAAAGAGCUUGUAUUUCACAAUCAAUUUUCACAAAUUCCAUUCAAUUUGCGGUUUUUUGAGAUAUUUUUGAGGUUUAAGAACUGUUAAAAUCGAAUUGUUAAACAAAAAAAGGUAAAGUAAAAAAGAAAUUGCAGAAAAUUCUUCGUUACUACUGUUUUUGCAUCUGUUUGUCCCAAUUUCACAAUAUUAACCUCCAACAACAUGGAAGCUUUUAACGCUGGAAAUAUAUUGGCACAUGAAAACGAUUAUUCAUCAUCAUGUGCUUCUGACGUGGAUGAACUUUCGCCAUACGGAUUAGAAAAAUACGUAGUGGUUUCACCAUUUGCAGUAUCUUCGGAUGAGAGAACAAAAAUUGCCACGAGAAAGCGCAAUGGAGAAGAAAGAAUGCCAACGCGUCGUCCAGAUCCCAAGGUCUAUAAUAGAAAUGCAUUGCUGGCACGGGAAAACCGACGCAAGAAGAAAUUGUAUUUGGAAUCACUGGAACGAGAGGUACAGGAAGCCCGGCUGGCAAAUCGAAAUUUGGUAAAGGCAUUAAAACGCCAGAUUUCCUUAACCAAAAAACUGGAGCAGCGUACAAAGUAUUAUCAGAACAUUAUUGCCAAUAAAGCGGAAAUAUCAAGUUUGCUUUCGAUAUUGGAAAGCCAGAAGUCAACAAGGCAAAGUAUUUGCCACGAUCAGACCAGUAAUUGCAGCUAUGGAGAGCAGUCAACCGAUUUGGAGCCUGAUAAUAAUGAUAUGAAUGAUUGUCGCAGUUCCUUGGACGACCUAUUAUGGAACAUCAACUGUGAAGCAUCAAGUGAAGCCACCCUAAGUUCAUCGGAAACAUCAAAUGUUUUCGAUGAACACUCAUAUGGAAUUACAUCAUCCUCGUCCGAGGCCCAAUCAUCCCCCGACUUCUCAGCAACAUAUAACGAUUUUAAUUGGAAUGAAGACAUUGGUUUUCUUGCCACCACCACCGGAAGUUGCAUGCAUUUGAAUCGGGGUAAGGAUUGUACAGAUGAGUUCUGUAUAAUAUGUAAUUGUAAUAUGCCAAGUCAAAGUCCACCUCUACAACUUUUCAACGAUGAGUUGUUAUCUUAAAUUAUGUUGUUAAUUUGUCAUAGUUCUUUUGUUAAGUUUUUUUUUACAUUAUUUUUAGUCACUAAGGUUAGGUUAACAAAAAAAUCUUAAACAAGAAUAAGUACCCAUUAUUAUUAUUACAUUCAAACUGCUAUACAAUUAAGUAACAAAAAAAGUAGGAGCAUUAAUUAGAGUAGACUACAAUUGCAAAAUGUUGCUGAGACAUAGCAAACGGUAUUAAACAUUAUUUUCGCCAUUUCAGGGCAAAAGCACCUUCUUGGAUGCGCCUUCUGAGACAACAACUCGGCAAAAGUGCUGAUGGUCAGCUUGCAAAGUCAAGUUGCAUCGGUGAACAAAGGUGGGUUAUCGUAAAGCCUCAAGGCAAAUGUGUGAGAGAACAAUGUAAUUUCGAUAUUUGUAUUGAAUCUUUUUGCAGCAAGGAAUGAAUGAAUACCAAAUGCAAACUGGAUGCCGUGCAAAUGAUAUAGACAACUUGGAAAAGAACAAAACAAAAAAGAGAAAAAAAACAUAGCCCAGUCAGAGGUCUAUAGAAAGCAAUGACUGGCAAUAUGUACAGCGGCAAAGUUUUACAUACAUGGCAAAGGUACUGGAAAUACAUUUUUCAAAUACGAUAUUGAUCUUGUUCAGAAGAAAGAUGUUGCUCAGCUUUAUAAUCAGAGAAGAGCAAACCCUUUGACUAUUUUAAAAAAUGCAUUUCAAACUUUUGCCAUACAAUGUAAUGAUUUGCAGAAAAACUUUCGCCUCUUGUUUUGGCCACAACUUGUUCCACAAACAAAAUUUAUUUUACUAAUUUUAAAUCUCGUUUUUUCUCUAAUUAAAGUUUAGUAAAGAAAGGCAGUCCUUUUUUAGAGAAAGAAAUAAACAAAACGCAUGUCACAAAGACGACGUUAAGAUAAUCAGUAAGUAUUUACGGAAGGUUUCACCCACGCACCAAGGUAUGUUACUCUAAUAUUGCUCCUACUUUUCAUUUAUAUACCUACAUACAUGAACUUGAAUAUGUUUUUUACUACGCUGAAUUUUAUCUAUGUGUAACUUUAUUAUUAAAUAAAUGUAUUUA